AGUGCUCGACGAACGGCUAAGCUUCACCAUACCACGUUUUCGAUUACCAAUCUCAUCUCCGUGGUUAUCCUUGUACAGAGUAUACACAUCCAUAUUAGCUAGUGCUAUCUAAGUAAACGUUAAUUAAAUUAAAGAAAAAAAAAAAAAUAAAUAAGAAAGUAGAGAAACGAGAAGCGCGCCACCAUGGUAUGUUCUAUUGAUGAUAUCGCCGACGAACUUCCCCCUGAACAAAUUGCUGUCCUUCGCAAAGCGUUCGACAGCUUCGACAGGGAGAAGAGUGGCAGUAUUCCCACCGACAUGGUGGCCGACAUCCUAAGAUUAAUGGGUCAACCGUUCAACAAGAAGAUCCUGGAUGAGCUGAUCGAGGAAGUCGACGCGGACAAAUCAGGACGCCUCGAAUUCGAAGAGUUCGUCACAUUGGCUGCUAAAUUCAUCGUCGAAGAGGAUGCGGAAGCAUUGGAGAAGGAACUUCGAGAAGCUUUCAGGCUCUACGACAAAGAAGGAAAUGGCUACAUACCAACUACAUGCUUGCGUGAAAUCUUGAGAGAACUGGAUGAUCAACUGACCGACGAGGAAUUGGAUAUCAUGAUUGAGGAGAUCGACUCCGAUGGAUCUGGCACCGUUGACUUUGAUGAAUUCAUGGAGAUGAUGACCGGAGAAUAAACGCCCGUACGUGCCAGUGUUUUGCUCGAUUCAAAGACAAUAUGUGCGACGGUCACGUUACUUUCAACUAAUUUUAUCCGCGUGUUUCUAAAGAAAAAUUUAAAAAAAAGCAAUGCACCAGGUUGGGUGUAUAAAAAGCGUAGAGGAGGUUCGUCAGUUAACACGAUGACGCGUCUCUGUGAGUUGUUCAGGGGCAAGCUCGUCGAAUCUUGGAACAGCUUCGAAAUGGCUUCAGCCUCGCCUCGCAGCAGAUUUAUAUCUCUUUCUCUUUUUUAAAAGAGUGUCACAAAUUAAUUGUAAUCUUGUACACAAAUCGUAAUUACUAUAAUCGUAUUAAUUAUAUAAAUAACGAGUCACAGGUUCGAUAAACAUAUUUGCAACACGCCUGCUAAGUUUUUCAUGGACAGUAUUUAUUUGUUAUUAAUAAAACACCACCGAAAAUA